AUGAUCACAGACCUGUGGAGGUAACUCAGAAAUGGAGUACAAGGGGGAAAGAGAACAAUGGAGUAAGAAAAGAGAAUAUAUUUUGGCAGCAGCAGGCAAUGUGGUGGGCCUGGGCAAUGUUUGGAGAUUUCCUUACCUGUGCUAUAAGAACGGAGGAGGGGUCUUCCUGUUGCCCUAUUGUUUCUUUGCUGUGCUGUGUGGCAUGCCACUCUUUCUGCUUGAGACUGUGAUUGGUCAGUAUACGCAAGAGGGCGCCAUCACCUGCUGGACCAAACUUUGCCCACUGGCAAAAGGGAGUGGCUAUUCAAUCAUAAUGAUCCAGCUUUACUCCAGGUUCUACAUCAUUAUCCUGGCAUGGGCCCUCCUGUACCUCAUAUACUGUUUCAGAGAUCCUUUGCCCUGGGCCACCUGCAACAAUCCCUGGAACACAGAAUUUUGUGUUGACCUCACCUCUGUGAACAGAAGUGCAAUACUCACUGGCAACUUGACAGGAAACUGGACAUCAGUAAAUAUGACCAAGUCUUCAGUCUCUGAGUUCUGGGAGAGAGGAGUGUUGACCAUGUCUGGCGGGAUAGAACAAGUUGGCACAGUAAAGUGGGAACUGCUGCUGUGUCUCCUGGCCUGCUGGGUGGCCUGCUACUUCUGCAUAUGGAAAGGUGUUCGCUCUACAGGAAAGGUGGUGUAUUUCACAGCUGUGUUUCCGUAUGUGACCCUGGCCAUCCUUCUGGUCAGGGGUUUGACGCUGCCAGGAGCCUGGCAGGGUGUGGUCUACUACCUGUAUCCAGAUCCAUCUCAUCUAGCAGACCUUCAGGUUUGGAUGGAAGCUGCUUCCCAGGUCCUUUUCUCCUAUGGUGUGGCAUCAGGAACCAUAAUCACUCUGGGAAGCUACAAUAAAGUAAAGAACAACUGCUACAGGGACAGUCUGUGGUUGUGCUUGCUCAACAGCAGCACCAGCUUCGUUGCUGGUUUUGCAGUAUUUUCAGCUUUGGGCUACAUUGCCCACCAACAGGGACUUCCAAUCAACAUGGUGGUUGAAUCAGGUCCUGGUCUAGCAUUCAUUGCUUAUCCACAGGCUGUAGCAAUGAUGCCCCUGCCUCAGCUGUGGGCUGCUUGUUUCUUCAUAAUGCUCAUUUUGUUGGGACUGGACACACUGUUUGCAGGUUUAGAAACUAUAACUUCAUCAGUGAUUGACAUGUUCCCGGGACAAAUGCGCAGACCCUGGCGCAGAGAAAUCUUUCUCAUAUUCUUCUGUUCUGCCGGCUUCAUAAUACAGAUCUCUCUCACCACUCAGGGAGGAGUGUAUCUGUUCCAGUUGAUAGACCACUAUGGAAGUAAUGGAGCAUGUAUUUUAUUUGUGUCUUUUGUUCAGUGUAUAGCUGUUGGCUGGGCCUUUGGGGCUGAACAGAUGUGUGACGCAGUUAAAGAAAUGACAGGACAGAGACCAUCCAUUCUUUUUAAACUGUGCUGGCGUUACUUCACCCCUCUGAUCUGUGUGGUUUGUUUUGUCUGCUCCUUCCUGGAGUAUCAACCACUGACAUCCACUGAGGGCAACACAUACCCUCACUGGGCCUACUGUUUGGGCUUGGCCAUGGCUCUCUCCUCUGUGAUUGCAGUGCCUAUUUGUGCAAUCAGCAUGAUCUGCUUCACUGAAGGCACCCUUAGGCAGCGACUGAAUGCUCUGUGGUACCCUGUUAAAGAUCCUGUUGGUCCCAGGACAAAGAACAUCUACUGAAUGAAACUGAGUUAAAAACCAUUCAAACACAAGAAAAAUCAUAAGCUUCAAGGUAUAGUGUUUUUCUAAGCAUGUCAUGUGAAUGGAACCCUGGCCUCUAUUUUUGCAAAUAUUGGGGUAUAAAUUAUAGACUUAUUAAAAAAAAAAAAAAAAGCAACUUAAAUUGGCUAAAAUUUGAUCGCGCUCAUAUUACAGCUGUCACUGCAGCCAAUUUAAGCUAUUGUAACAUGUGUUCUGACCACAGGUCAUUAGACCCCUGAAUGUGUAAAAGAGAAAUUAGAAUUAAAGGUCUGAAAACACCAAUAUUCUGAUAUGAGGUACAAUGCAGAAUUAUCAUGUUAUUUGUUAUACUUAAGCAUUUCCUUUAUUAAGUAAACUUGUGACUCAGUUUUGGCUGGGCGAGCGGUCAUCACACUGUCUCCUAUAGGUCCACAUCAAUGCAGUAUCUUGGUGGCUGGUGAAAUACUGUAAAACUGUAACAAGUACUAUGUUGUUAUGUGAAAACUGCAUGUAAUGCUGUCAAAAUGUUUUUGGCAGUCAGGCAGAAAGCAUUGCAUUCUCUCUAUUUAGGUAAUUCACUCUUGAAAGGGGCUUUAUUCAUAGAGAUCAGCUCUUAGGAUGAACUGCAGCACCUGAAUGCAAAAAGGGUUUUAGGUACUCUAUUUGAAAACACUGUGGAGGUCUGUUUAUUCAGAAGACGAAACAUUAAAUAAGUCAGGAUAAGGCUUGAAUCUGCUCCUCUGUAUUAUCCUAUUCUUCAUAGUUGUGUUUCAUAUUUAAAGCUUAUGUGUGCUCUUAAUUUGUCCUUGACUUUUGAAAAUUUUAAUUUAUCUUUGUUGUAUUCUAUAUUUAGGCUCCUUCUGUUAACCUUUGUGUGUAAUACUUAGUUAAUGGUCAGGAGGUUUCUACAAAUUCAAAAAUGUGUCUUUGUGUUUGGUGCCUGGCAGUUAAAACUAAAAGAAUGAAACAUAGAAAACAAGUAAACAGGUGGUCCUGCUACAAUACUUAAAAUAUUUACAGUGCUACGAAUUUAUUAGACCACCAGCCAUAUUUGUCUCAGAGACCAUCCAGCAUCAUGAAAUGCUUUAAUGCCAACUCUUUCAUUUUCAGU